AUGAAAGUUGAAGCUUUUGUCGAAAAGACAUCAGUUCCUAACGAAGAUAUGAUAGUCAGCAGUCGAGAGAUUAUUGCAAGAGAUUUACAGAAACGAGAACAAACCACACAUUAUUAUACUAAGACAUAUAAAACUAGUGGCACACCAUAUAAAACUAUUAUAAUUACAGAAACUGCAGUACCUUUUGUUCCUCCUCCUGAAAAUUUUACUUCGCUAACCGUGACACUUUAUUAUCCAACUUGUCAUGUAUUUGACUGUCACUGGAGUUUCAGUCAUACUGGUCGCGUAAUUAAAGUAAAAUUUUCGGAAAAAUCUACUAAAACGGUAACUUCAACAAUAAGUGAUGUGUACCAAAAUGAUCUAAACAGUAAAUCUCUGGAAUCCAAUAGUUUAUAUCCAACUGAUGUUAAAUACGUUGUUAUUGGUACAAUUAGCGGUGCUAUUGUUGGCAUACUCAGUGGAAUUGCUUUGACUUUCGGAUUUAAUAAGCUUAAAUCAAAAAAUGACGGAGUUCCAACCCCGUCAUCAGAUCCAAGAUUCAAAUAG